CUCUCUCUCUCUCUCCGGGUGCUGCUGGCUGGCUGGUCUCAACUUCUCACCGCUUCACAUUGUUCCCCGGACUGGAUACGACGAGCACAGCUUUUAUCUUCUUUUUUUGUGUUGUCGUCGCAAAGACCCAUGGCUCUCCUGCGCGGAACCCUCCCGACCUUCUUCCUCCACCUGUGCCUCCUCCACUGCAGCGCGUGGGCCAAGGUGGAGCUGACUAUGCAUGAGGCCGUUGAGGUGUACGCGGGCGACUCGGCCCAGAUCCCCUGCCAGUACAACUUCACCCAUGCCGACAACGAGCCCAGCUUUGUCAUGAUCCAGUGGUUUGUGAAAGCCGCGGGCAACAGCGCACGGACGCGGAUCUUCUACGGCGACGGCAGUCAGCACAUCGUAGACAACAACACCGACUACAGCGGCCGCGUGGCGGUGACCUCCGACCGGCGCGGAACCCGACUCGCCAUCCAAGAUGUCCAGCUGCGCGACGAGAGGGAAUUCCUCUGCCAGGUCAACGGGCUGGCCGCCGGGAACGCCGAGGGCAAGACGCACCUCAAAGUGUUCGCUCCACCCGAGGCUCCGGUGAUCGAGGGUGUCCUUCCUGGAAUAUCCAUCACCAGUGAGGUUCCGUCCAAGGUUGCAUCGUGUGAGGCUCGCAACGGCUUCCCUAAACCCAACAUCACGUGGUACAGGGACGGCGUGCCACUGGUGCCUACACUGGGCUACAUCAACGUGCUGACCCUGGUGAGCCAGCGGUCCAGUGGCUUCAUCUCUGUCGAGAGCACACUGGAGUACAAGGUCGUCAAGGAGGACAAGGACGCCCAUUUCUCCUGUGAGGUCAGCUUCUUUGUCCCCGGAGCCAUCAGGACAGUGGAGUCCAACAGCAUCAACGUCACUGUUCACUACCCCACCACCAUGGUAGAGCUGUGGAAGCAGUCGCCGCAGGGCUUGGUCAAAGAGGGGGAUACUGUGGAGCUGCGUUGCCAGGGCGACGGCAACCCCCCGCCGUCCUUCGUUUUCAACAGAGAACAAGAGCUGGACGUGGACCUGGAGAGCAAUCAAGCGGAUGUGUUGAAGCUCUCACCGGUGUCGCGGCAAGACAGUGGCAUCUACCAGUGUCGGCCUCUGAACCACGACGACAUCACCGAGGUCAAAGGAGAAGUGCAGCUCACUGUGCACUAUUUGGACCCAGCCGUGGUGGUUCCUAAAGACUCAGAGUUCAUGCUCAAAGGAGAAGAUCUGACUGCGACCUGCAACGCUCUCUCCUCCCUUCAAACAGCCACUGUGUGGUAUAAGAAUGGGAAGCAGGUGGGUAAGGGGAACACGUUGCACCUGAAGGACGCCGACUAUGAAACAGCAGGAGAGUACAUAUGCGAGGUGACCGUUCCCUCCCUGCCCGCCCUGCACACCAGCGGCUCCGUGCACAUCAUCGUCCAAGGCAGUCCCCAGCUGGCGGGAGGGGAGCAGGAGGUGCGGCUUGAGGAGGCAACAGGCAGGAUUGUGAACCUGAGCUGCGAGGCUCGCGGCCAUCCGCCGCCCAGCAUCUCCUGGGUCAUCGUCGGCACCCAGAUCUGGAACGAGGUGGUGAGCAAGCCCAACGAGCACGUGACCCACAGCGUGGUGUCGGUCAAGGUCACCUCGGACAUCAGCGCCUCGUGCAACGCUUCCAACGACAUGGGGACUGAAGUCAAGGCUUUCAGCGUCAAAGCCAUUCCCAGAUUCACUUCGGCCGCUCCCUUCUCUCCCGCUGAGGGCAGUGGGGUCAUCAUCGUGGUGAUCAUCCUGUGUCUGCUGCUGCUCGCCAUCCUCGGCAGCGUUCUCUACUUCCUGCAUAAGAAGGGGAAGAUCUCCUGUGGACGCUCAGGGAAACAGGAGAUCACCAAGGAGAAGACCACCAAAGACGACAUCGUCGUGGAGAUGAAGACCAACACCAAGAACGAGGAAGCGGUUCUCCUGAAGGCCGUCAACGGAGACAAGAAGGGCCCCAACGAGCAGUGAAGUCCCUGAAGGUUCAGCAGUGAUGUCGUGCAGCAGGAGGCGGCACAUCUAAGACCCCUCCCCCCCUCCUCCAUCAUGUUUUUGUUCUCAGCAGUAUUCAGUAGAUUUACACACACACACACAGGUAUGUUUGUACAGAUGUGUAUUUUCUUUUGGAUGAGUGUUGGCUGACAUUCAUUCGUUUUGUACCAUUCCCUCAAACUUUAGUUCAGCAAGUUUGCGCGAUGGUGUCGUCAACCUUUUUUUUUUCUUUUUAUAAGAAAUGUGUAUAUAUUAUAUAUAUUUUGUUAUUUAAGAUAUUUUGGCACUCAGAUUUCCAUUUGGUGUAAGCGUCUGGGUCACGUGCAUGUUGAUCCGUGUUCAUGGAGUCCAGAGGAGUGUUCAGGACCAAACGCCAGCUGCUCCUCUUUCUGAUCAGCUCCAAUACGAAACAUGAGUCACUCAAAAACGCAACAUUAACCUAAAUAAUAUCCAGAGGGGGAGAAAAAAAAAAAAAAAACGGCCAUUGGACAACAGCAGGUAGUGUUUGUAAAUACGUGGCAGCGCACAGACUUAACUGCAGGCUGUAAGUGACCUGCAGAGAUCUGCUGUGCCUGUUUUUGGAGGACGCGUCGUACACGGAGUGCGUUUCUCUGGUUUGCGCUGUGUGUGUGUGUGUGUGUGUGUGUUUUGUGUUUCCACUGAGCGCUCGUUGGGCCUGAAGAGCUCCAGUGUUUGUGCGCGUUUCACAGGUUUACUACUACAUCACACCUUUUUAGAUCUUUAACCCUGCAGGUAUGUUUUUUUUUGGUACACUUUGAACAAGCUUUUCUUGGAUAAUCCAUCACAGAGAAAAUUGAGUUGUAUUCCAUCCUUUAUGCGCUGCAUAAUUCAUGAAGGAGUCAUGAAUCCUUAAAGCAGACAGGUGUUCUCUCUGUGAUGGCUUACUGAAAUCAUUCCGCAAGUUUCGAGGUGUUAAAUACGUGAACCGAAUGAAAAUCUGGGGAAGGUCAGAAAUCGGUCUGCAGCUCUGUUUUUAUUUAUUAUGACAUUCAAGGUUUUUGUUUUAGAAACGGAAAUUAAAAUGGAAUUAACAAAGAGUUAAUGGUAUAUAUACCAUUUUUUGUAUCAAAUUUAGCAGCAUCUUGACCAUUCCAAGAUGGUCAUUUACGGUUAAAGGCUCAGUCGAACUUAUUUAUAGUAAAUCAGCUGAAACAUGCAACAACACUGGUGAGCUUUUCUUCAGGGCCCGAGCUGUAAAUACAACGUACUGUUUGCUCACAGCGUAGGUUUUUGUGCAUUAUGCCCGGAUGACUUGCAAAGUUAACAAGGUAAUGUUUUUUUCCCCACCAAGUUGAGGUGUGGAAGUUGUAGAAGCGUCUGUGUGCAGGAAGGGUUCUGGUGCUUAGAGUGAUUCGUUCAUCAUGCCUUAGAGAAGCUGCACGAAGCACCAACACCGACCGUAAAUCUGCACCCUUGUCUUUUCAGUUCAAUACAGCAUUUUGGGGGAUUUUCAGCAGACAGACAAACACAUUUCAAACUGAACAUAGCGUUGAUUUUUUUUUUGUUUUAUGUGUGUAAAUUAUGUGCUGUACAUUUGAUUCGUUGAUGCUUGCAUUUUUUUUAUUUUUAUGCAAGAAAAUAAUGCCAAAUAAAAAGGGUUUGAGUUAAAAGGA